UACCGAGAGCUGAUUGAUUACUUGAGACAGUGUUUUGCCGGAGUGUGGCGAUUGGCUUCGUUUUUUGGCGAUUCUGGCACUUCACCCUGUCGGCGCGGGGAGUCCGAAAGUAACUGGAUUGUACCUCUUUUGAGGGUUGUUUUAUGCUUUUUGAUUUUUGACUGUAGCACACAUCUCUGUUGUACACAGCCAUGGUGGUUGGGGAAGACUCCGUCGCGUAGUUAAUAGUGGAGACUGGAUACAUUAUAGCCAUGGGAUCAAUGAAACUAGAACUGUCUGUCUGCUGUUUGUUGGAAGCACCUAUAACUAUACUUUUUAUUCACAUGGCAGUAUCAGCAAUCAAAGCAGCUGAGGUGGGCACAGGCAGGACGCAGGUGCCAGACUGCCCCCUGGGACAGUUCCCAUGCGGGAAUCUGAGCGUGUGCGUGGCCCAGGAGCAUCACUGCAACGGCCAUCUGGACUGCCAGAACGGGGCCGACGAAGAGAACUGCGGGGACAACAGCGGGUGGGCAGACUUUUUCGACCAGACUGUUAAGAGGCUCGACCUGCAGAACAGUCCCAAUCAGUGCUUUCUGCACGUGUACCCAGAUCGCUGCGAGUGCAUCAAAACCGAACUCCAGUGUGUGCAGAUAAAUCUGACCGCUGUGCCUCAGGUGUCAACAAAUGUCACCUCCCUGUCCCUCAAGAGCAAUGAAAUCGGAAACCUAUCUGAAGAUGUCUUUCUCAAAUACUCAGAGCUGCAGAGACUGUUUCUCCAGAAUAACUGCAUUCGGACCGUGUCCAGCAGUGCAUUCAGAGGAUUGCACAAGCUGCAGAAGCUGUCUCUCAGUCAGAACUGCAUCACUUCGUUAAGCCCCGCCGUGUUCAGAGAUCUACACAGAUUAGACUGGCUAAUUCUGGACGAUAACCCGCUGAGAAGGAUCUCCCAGGAAACGUUCGCUGGGCUCGAGUCCUUAUUUUUCCUGUCUAUGGUGAACACCUCUUUGGAGCAGCUUCCCCAGACUGGACUGUGCUCUCACAUGCCCUUGCUGAGCUGGCUGGAUUUUGAAGGGAACCACAUCCAGACUCUGAACUUUUCCACGCUGAUGGCCUGCAAUGAGCUAACGGUGCUAUCACUGCGUGCCAAUCACAUUGAUUUUCUUCCAGGAAACACCUUCCAGUCCCUUAGGAUAUUGGGAGAACUAGACUUGUCAAGCAACAGGAUUACAGAGCUGCCAUACAAUAUAUUCAAAGGUUUAAAGUCUUUGAAGAUACUAAACGUAUCCAACAAUCCUUUGGUCCGUAUCCACCAGGGUCAGUUCGAUCACCUCAUCCAGCUCCAGUCCUUGGGCCUGGAAGGUAUUGAGAUCCCAGGCAUUCAUAUGCGAAUGUUUAGGCCGAUGAAGAACCUCUCCUACAUAUAUUUCAAGAAGUUUCAGUACUGCUCCUAUGCGCCUCACGUGCGCAAGUGCAAGCCUAACUCGGACGGGAUCUCGUCCUUCGAGGACCUGCUGGCCAACAUGGUCCUGCGGGUGUCCGUGUGGGUGAUGGCCUUCAUCACCUGCUUCGGGAACAUCUUCGUCAUCGGCAUGCGCACCGUCAUCCGGGCGGAGAACAGCCUACAUGCCAUGUGCAUCAAGGUCCUGUGCUGUGCGGACUGCCUGAUGGGGGUGUACCUGUUCUUCGUGGGGGUGUACGACAUGAAGUUCCGGGGGAAGUACAACAGGAACGCACAGCUGUGGAUGGAGAGCAUGGAGUGCCGCGCCAUGGGCUUCCUGGCCAUGCUGUCCUCGGAGGUGUCCGUCCUGCUGCUCACCUACCUGACCCUGGAGAAGUUCCUGGUCAUCGUCUUCCCCUUCAGCCACCUGCGGCCAGGCAAGCGGCUCACCCUGCUCAUGCUGGCCUCCAUCUGGACCCUGGGCGUGCUUAUCGCCGCUGUGCCCCUGCUCGGCGACGAGCUCUUCGGGAACUACUAUGGCCGCAACGGUGUCUGCUUCCCGCUGCACUCAGAUCAGCUGGAGAAGCCGACCGCAAAGGGCUAUUCCACAGGCAUAUUCCUGGGGCUCAACCUGGUGGCCUUCCUUGUCAUCGUGGUCUCCUACUCCAGCAUGUUCUACUCCAUCUACAAGACGGGCAUCAACGCCACCGACCUGCGCAGUCGGCUGCACAAAGACGUGGCCGUGGCCAAGCGCUUCUUCUUCAUCGUGUUCUCCGACGCCCUCUGCUGGAUCCCCAUCUUCCUGGUCAAGCUGCUGUCCCUGCUGGAGGUGGAGAUCCCAGGGACCAUAACUUCCUGGCUGGUGAUCUUCUUCCUGCCCAUCAACAGUGCCUUGAACCCCAUCCUCUACACCCUGACCACCAGCUUCUUCCGCGAGCAGGUGGAGUUGCUGCUUUGCCAGUGGCAGAGGCCUGUGGCCCUCAAGAAGGACCGAAAGAGCCUGACCAGCUCGGUCAUCUGCGUGGAGGCCUCGCGAAACCCCUUCUUCCACCAAGGUUACCUGCCCAGGAUAUCCGCCCACAACAUGGAAGCCAAGUAUGGAUAAAGCGGGGAGAAUAAAAAAACGUCUAUAAUGAGGGCUUUAAAAAAAAAUCUCAAUCCCGCUCGGGAUCAAGAGGUGCUUUCUGGUCCUAACUCGCGCGGGAAUUCAC